CCCGGUCCGCAGGCUGAGGGAGUGCGGCCCCAGCCCACCGCGCCGCGCUCUCCGCCCCACCCCGCCCGUCGGCGGCCACGCGUCAUGCCCGGCGCUGCUCCGCGCUAGUGCCGCCGGGUCCGUUGCCCGCCUGCCCGAAGCCGCGCCCACUACCCAGAGCCAGAGGGAUGGUGGUAGUCACGGGGCGGGAGCCAGACAGCCGUCGCCCGGACGGUGCCAUGUCCAGCUCCGACGCCGAGGACGACUUUCUGGAGCCGGCCACCCCGACGGCCACGCAGUCGGGGCACGCGCUGCCCCUGCUGCCCCAAGAGUUUCCUGAGGUUGUUCCCCUUAACAUUGGAGGGGCUCACUUCACUACACGCCUGUCCACCCUGCGGCGCUACGAAGACACCAUGCUGGCAGCCAUGUUCAGUGGGCGGCAUUACAUCCCCACCGAUGCUGAGGGCCGGUACUUCAUUGACCGGGACGGCACGCACUUCGGAGAUGUGCUGAAUUUCCUGCGCUCCGGGGACCUGCCGCCCCGGGAACGUGUGCGGGCUGUGUACAAAGAGGCCCAGUACUAUGCCAUUGGGCCCCUCCUGGAGCAGCUGGAGAACAUGCAGCCACUGAAGGGGGAGAAAGUGCGUCAGGCGUUUCUGGGACUCAUGCCCUAUUACAAAGACCAUUUGGAGCGGAUUGUGGAGAUUGCCCGGCUACGCGCAGUCCAGCGGAAGGCCCGCUUUGCCAAGCUCAAGGUCUGUGUCUUCAAGGAGGAGAUGCCCAUCACCCCCUAUGAGUGUCCACUUCUCAACUCUCUGCGCUUCGAACGGAGUGAGAGUGAUGGGCAGCUAUUUGAGCACCACUGUGAAGUGGAUGUGUCUUUCGGGCCCUGGGAGGCUGUGGCUGAUGUUUAUGACCUGCUGCACUGCCUGGUCACAGACCUGAAAGCCCAGGGCCUUGUCGUGGACCACCAGUGCAUUGGGGUGUGUGACAAACACCUCAUCAACCACUACUACUGCAAGCGCCCCAUCUAUGAGUUCAAGAUCACGUGGUGGAAGAAAAUGAGCCUUAAGUCUGAACGCAGAGGAAUUCAUGUGGAUCAAUCAGAGCUCCUGUGCAAGAAAGGAUGUGGUUACUACGGCAACCCUGCUUGGCAGGGUUUCUGUUCCAAAUGCUGGAGGGAGGAGUACCACAAAGCCAGACAGAAGCAGAUUCAGGAAGAUUGGGAACUGGCAGAGCGAUUACAGCGGGAGGAGGAAGAGGCCUUUGCCAGCAGUCAGACCAGCCAAGGGGCUCAGUCCCUCACAUUUUCCAAGUUUGAAGAAAAGAAAACCAAUGAGAAGACUCGCAAGGUUACCACAGUGAAGAAGUUCUUCAGUGCUUCAUCCAGGGUUGGAUCAAAGAAGGCAGAAAUUCAGGAAGCAAAAGCUCCCAGUCCUUCCAUAAACCGGCAAACCAGCAUUGAAACGGAUAGAGUGUCUAAAGAGUUCAUAGAAUUUCUCAAGACCUUCCACAAGACAGGCCAAGAAAUCUAUAAGCAGACCAAGAUGUUUUUGGAACAAAUGCAUUACAAAAGGGAUUUAAGCAUUGAGGAACAGUCAGAGUGCACUCAGGAUUUUUACCAGAAUGUGGCUGAAAGAAUGCAGACUCGUGGGAAAGUGCCUCCUGAAAGAGUUGAGAAGAUAAUGGAUCAGAUUGAAAAGUAUAUCAUGACUCGUCUCUAUAAGUAUGUGUUUUGUCCAGAAACUACUGAUGAUGAGAAGAAAGAUCUUGCUGUUCAAAAGAGGAUCAGAGCCCUGCACUGGGUUACACCUCAGAUGCUUUGUGUCCCUGUUAAUGAAGAAAUUCCCGAAGUGUCUGAUAUGGUGGUGAAAGCAAUUACAGAUAUUAUUGAAAUGGAUUCGAAGCGUGUACCUAGAGAUAAGUUGGCCUGCAUCACCAAGUGCAGCAAGCAUAUCUUCAAUGCCAUCAAGGUCACCAAGGAUGAGCCAGCUUCAGCUGAUGACUUCUUACCCACUCUCAUCUACAUUGUUUUGAAGGGUAAUCCCCCACGCCUUCAGUCUAAUAUUCAGUAUAUCACCCGCUUCUGCAACCCAAGCCGAUUAAUGUCUGGAGAGGAUGGCUACUAUUUCACCAAUCUGUGCUGUGCUGUGACUUUCAUUGAGAAGUUAGACGCUCAGUCUUUGAAUUUAAGUCAGGAAGACUUUGAUCGAUACAUGUCUGGCCAGACUUCUCCCAGAAAGCAAGAAUCUGAGAAUUGGUCUCCUGAUGCUUGUUUAGGUGUUAAGCAAAUGUAUAAGAACUUGGAUCUCCUGUCUCAAUUGAAUGAACGACAGGAAAGGAUUAUGAAUGAAGCCAAGAAACUUGAAAAAGACCUAAUAGAUUGGACAGAUGGAAUUGCAAAAAAGGUUCAAGACAUUGUUGAGAAAUGUCCACUUGAAAUUAAGCCCCCAAAUCAGUCUUUAGCAGCUAUUGACUCUGAAAAUGUUGAAAAUGAUAAACUUCCUCCACCAUUGCAACCUCAAGUUUAUGCAGGAUGAUGAAAAUGUACAGAUAGUAUUUAUUUGAGCCUAAAUUGUAGCUAGUCCUUACUACAGUCCACUGAUUGAGAUAUAGAAUAUAACUUAAUUGCUUCUAAGUGUCAGAACAUUUUUCAAGGUACAGUUUGUGGGGAUUGUUUUGUUUUGUUUUCCUGGCAGGGGAAGUUUAGUAAAUAAUAAAGUACUAUUUAUUUGAGUUACUGAAAUAGAUUCAUUUAAGGCUUGUGUGAAAUUUUUGUCUAAAUCUAUUUUUUCUCCACGAUUUUCCUAUGUGCUUCCACGUGGUAUUCAAUGUGGUUUAGAUUUGGGUAAACAAUUGCCUCGUAAAGGGUAAAACAAAUGAAUGCUACAAAAUGUAUGUUUAAGGGAAUUCAAUGGUACCACUAUUAUAUAAUUUAAAAUAAUUUUAUAAUUGUAAAGAUAGAAGAUAUAUUGAUAAGUAAGUAUAUAAAAUUGUAAAUAUGUAAAAAAAAGGAAUGGUGUGUGCUGUGCAUGGCAUUUCAUAUGUUCAUUUUUUGGGUUUAAAAUGUUGUAUUGAAUGUUUGCCUUUACACCAUUUUACUUGGUUUGUGCCACUAAAAUGAAUGUAAAAGUUUUUAGACAUACUUCUCUUAAAAUGUUGACUCCAUUUUGACACUAUGGUAACCCUGAUUUUUUAAAAAAUAUAUUUUAUUGAUUUUUUAUAGAGAGGAAGGGAGAGGGAGAGAGAGUUAGAAACAUCUAUGAGAGAGAAACAUCAAUCAGCUGCCUCCUGCACACCCCCUACUGCAACCAAGGUACAUGCCCUUGACCGAAAUCGAACCUGGGAUCCUUGAGUCUGCAGGCCGACGCUCUAUCCACUGAGCCAAACCAUUUAGGGCAUGGUAACCCUGAUUUUAAGAUCCUGUAUAGUCAGAGACUAUGACACCAUUGAGGUUCAGGAUAAUAUUAAGUUUAUAAAUUCACUGUUCAGUAUACUCAGUUGAAGGCUUUGAGCCAUGCUUCUCUCACCUCUUUCCUCUAUCUAUUCAGCAAAUAUUUAUUGAGUUCAUGGAUGUAAAGGAGACCUUGCUCUGCGUCAAAGGACAGCAGGGACCAGGACUCUGCUGAUGAGAGCUGACAGGGAGCUCUUAGAGCUAUAAAGGGCAGGUGGUACCUUUUGCCUUCAUAGUGUACUUUUGACUUUGUGGACAACCCAGGCACAUGUCAUGUAAACCUCUUUUUGGGGUUCUCAACUUCAGCACUAUUGACAUUUGGGGCCUGAGGAGUUUUUGUUGUGAGGCUGCAACAUCCCUAGCCUCUAUACCCACUAGUUGCUAGUAGCACCCCUCUCCCCGCCCGCGCCCCCUCCCCGCCCCCACCUCCAAAGUUGUGAAAAAUCAUCGUAGACAUUGCCAAAUGUUACCGGGGGCGGGGAGCAAAAUUGCCCCCAAUUAAGAACCACUGGUCUAUAUUGUAAGCGAGUUAGUUCUCCUGGUGGUUGAUAUGCUGUAACCAAAGAGUAUUGCAUGAAGUGCACACCAUACUGUUAACUGACCUCUCUCCCAGGGAGGCUUUACAGUCACCAUCCGUGCAAAGCCUUUUCUAAUUCUAAUGGAGCCUUUCAUAACUUAAAUACACCGCUUAUGAUUCUCCUUCCCAGCAAUCAUUUCUACAAAUUAUCAGUGUACCUGUGAAAUUGUGAGUAAAUCCCAGGGCACCAUUCUUGAACAAGAUCACAUCACACAAGCAGUAAAGAAAAUUUCCUCUGUUUUCCCAAUAUCUUGCUAAUAAUGUACCACAAAUUUGUAGUCAAUUACAAAUUUUGGAAUAAAACUAGGGUGCGUAUAAAACAUUUUACCCUUAAAUUUACAUAUAAAAUCCGUCAAGUUGACAAGUCUAUUGUCAUAAAGCACUGAAGACAUGAGUCAGCUGAUCACCAAGUUCCUAUGGAAUGGAAUGAGUUACUGUCAAAUAUGAAUGAGAACUUGCUCUUAGAAACGUGGGUCCACACGAUUUUCACACAAGGCUUUUCUCUGUUUUUCUGUUUUUAUUUUCUAUGUACUUUCUAGGUGCUAACCCAGAUAUGCACACUCUUAAUUCUCCUGGGAAUAUAUAGUUCUUUUAGUCAUUGUACAGUAUGUCUGUUAAAUGAAAUGUGUAUAUCAGCCUCCCACUAAAGCAGUCUUUUGAUUUCUUACGUAUCUUAAAGCAAUGUGUUGAAUUGACUUGUUUAUAUAUAUCAUAUUGGUUGAAUUCUUCAGAUGUGGACUCUUGCCUUAGGUAGAGGCUUAUAUUUCUCUUAAGUAUCAAUACUAUGGCCAGAGUUUCUGUUUUCUCAACCAGAAAGUAUUGAUAUUUCAUGUACUACAAAUGUGAUUGGAAUAAACCUUGGGAACAGAAGUCCCUUAUCAAUAAAAUUUCAUGAUCCAUUCCUUUUCCAAACUGA